AUGGCGAAUGUACUGUGGUCUAUCAUCUGGCUAAUCGUGCUGAUUGUGGUCGGCUUCUUUGUGGGAUUCUUCUGCGCCGGCUGGUACGUUGUCAUCUAUCCGCUGACGGUAUGCGUGCCGGACAUUUCGGUCAUAUCCGAUUUCCUUCUACUAGGGGCACAGUUUACGCACUUCUGUGCCAAGAGCAUGAUGGAGGGCAAAUCUCUGUUCUAA